AAUGGCGGCACCAAGACUUGUUUUUGACUUUUCUGCAACUACAAUUCCUGAUUUUGAUUCACGUUGUUUCAAUAGUAAAGGUAAUUUUCAUUCGUGGCUUGUAGACAAUAUAACAAUUGUUUGUGGUACUAAAAAAAUAUUUGAACCUAAAAAGUAUCAAGAAGAGAAAACACUGAACAUUAACUCCGACAAACAUAUCCUUGUUGUUCAAUCAGUAAAAUGUCACAUUGAUGUUUCAUUUUACAAGAAGUUUCAAUAUGGAAAGUACAGUGGUGAUGUUUUUAUUUAUAAUAGUGCCGUAUAUAGUCGUGGACAGAGAUCAUUUGUAAUUCGAUACGAAUUAACACAUCCCUCUUAUAAUAAGCCAUUCUUUGUUGGAUACUCAAAUCAUGUACUUAUUGAUAAAGCUACAAGAAAACCUGCUAUUCUAACAAAGAACAUGAUUGAAUGGUUCGAUAACGAAAGAGUUCCUGAGCAAUCCACUAAAAUACCUAGGAUAACACCACCUGAAAAUACCUUUGAAGACACGUCAAUGGUACUAUCGUCCCAGAUAGACUGGUAUUUUCACCUGAAUCAUUCUGAAUAUAACAAGCUAUGUUUUGAUUGCGCUGCUAAAGCGGUAUCUAAAAAUUUCUAUAGAUUCUUCCAUAGUGAUAUUUGCCACUAUCACAUAAAAGAUACAUUUAAACUGCAAUUAGGAGAGUGUUUGAUGGGUGACAAACUAAGGAUAAUAACAUGGCAAGACGAAACAAAAUCGGAAAUUAUCUAUUUUCAAAUAAUAAGGAUAUCAUCGAAUCAAAUAGUUUUCGAAAUGACAGUUAUAUACUAUAAGGAAUCUUUAAGCUUAGGAAAAUUGUAG